GAGCCAUCACAGACUCAGAGACGACAGUCUCUGAGUGAAGCUCCUGCAACACCUGGCUGCUGAGCCCAGGAGAGAAGGAUGAAGUUUGCUCUCCAUGCCGCGUUGUGCUUGGGGAUAUUGGUGCUCUGUCUUGCCGACCUUCCAGCCCAAAGUUCCGUCCGAUGGUGCACAAUAUCUGAUGCAGAGCAGAAGAAAUGUGUGGAAUUGAAGACGAAAAUGUUCUCAAUCGCUUCAUUAGACUGUGUGAAGAAACUAACUUACUCUGACUGCAUAAAAGCUAUUGCGGAGAAUGAAGCAGAUGCCAUUAGUCUGGAUGGUGGCCACAUUUUCGAAGCACACCUUGCCCCGUAUAAUCUGAAGCCUGUUGUGGCUGAGGUCCAUGGCACAGGAAAAGAUGCGACCACCAGCUACUAUGCUGUGGCAGUGGUGAAGAAAGGAACUAACUUCACAAUAAGUGCUCUUAAAGGGAAGAAAUCCUGCCACACAGGGUUGGACAGAUCUGCUGGCUGGAUCAUUCCCAUUGGGACCCUCUUGUACCAUCAAAUCCUACCCUGGGAUAGAGCCUCUCCCAUAACCCACGCUGUGGCCCAGUUUUUCUCAGCCAGCUGCGUCCCUGGUGCCCCUGCAAAUGAACCAAAUCUGUGCCGCUUAUGCAUUGGGACAGGUGCUCAAAAAUGUUCCCGUACUGAGCCUUAUUCUGGCUAUUCCGGAGCCUUUCAGUGUCUGAAAGAUGGAGCUGGAGAUGUAGCUUUUGUCAAACAGCUAACUGUUCUAGAAAAUGACUCAAGUGAGAAAAACAAGUAUGAGCUGCUGUGUGAAGAUGAUUCCCGGAAGGCUGUAGAUAAGUAUCAUGAGUGUCACUGGGCCAAAGUUGCUGCUCAUGCUGUUGUGGCUCGAAGUGUUGAUGGCCGGGCUGACGAGAUCUGGAACUUCCUCUCUCAGGCAGAGGCAAAGUAUGGCAAGGACACAAAAGAGAGCUUCAAACUCUUCAGCUCUCCUCAUGGGAAAGAUCUGCUUUUUAAGGACUCUGCUUCCAGUUUUAUCCGUGUCCCUCGACUGAUGGAUGCCCAGUUCUAUCUGGGCUACCAGUACUGGGCUGCUAUUCAGAGUCUCAGGCCAGAAACUCCUGAACCCCCUUUGAAAAAGGUGAAGUGGUGCACAAUAAGUAAAGAUGAGAAGGCCAAGUGUGAUGAAUGGAGUGCAGUGAGUGGAGGCAGCCUGGACUGUGCAGUGGCAGAAACAACAGAGGACUGCAUUGCCAAGAUAGCGAAAGGUGAGGCGGAUGCCAUAAGCUUGGAUGGAGGUCAUGUCUACACGGCUGGUGUAUGUGGUUUGGUGCCAGUCAUGGGAGAAUACUACGGGGAUGACAUUGAACGAUGCAAGAAAGAAGGAGCACCUGGAGAAACAUAUUAUGCCGUGGCUGUGGUGAAGAAAUCCAACCCCGGUAUCACCUGGAAGACCCUGCGUGAUAAGAAGUCUUGUCAUACAGGUGUUGGGAGAACUGCUGGCUGGAAUGUCCCCAUGGGCUUGAUUCACAAGGAAACCAGGAGCUGCGACUUUGAUAAGUUCUUCAGUAAAAGCUGUGCUCCUGGAUCUCCAGUUACCUCACCACUCUGCGAAUUGUGUGUGGGCUCAGGCAGCGCCCUCCCACCAAAUUACACGUGUGCCGCCAACAGCAAUGAGAGAUACUAUGGAUACAGUGGGGCCUUCCGGUGCCUGGUUGAAAAGGGAGACGUGGCCUUUGUUAAGCACACCAUUGUCGAAGAGAACACCGAUGGACGUAAUCCUGCUGACUGGGCAAAGGGGCUGAAAAGUGACCAAUUUGAGUUGCUGUGUCGGGAUGGAAAACGCGCCCGUCCUGAUGAAUUCAAGAAAUGCCACCUGGCUCGAGUUCCUGGCCAUGCUGUGGUCACACGUCCAGACAGAGCAGCUGCUGUCCGUGACAUGCUGAUAAACCAAGAGGAACUGUAUGGAAGCCAUGGAUCUCAGGCACCUAUUUUCCAGAUGUUUCAGUCUAAAACCAAGGACCUUUUAUUCAAGGAUUCCACCACGUGCCUGAUUCAACUCUCCAUAGGAACAACCUAUAAGAAGUACCUGGAAGAGUACUUUGAUUCUGUCUCUAGUCUUAAUAAGUGCUCACCAUCAGAACUCCUCCAGGUCUGCAGCUUCAGUGACUUGGACGAUCCGAUUAACAGGAGCUCCUCAUAUUCGACCAGAAUCGAUGUUGGGGAAAAGGACGAGCAAGGAAAAACCACAGACAUGUAUAUCUCAAAAAUCCACCGGGGCAGAGAUUGGAGGAGAGGCCGUGUGCGGGGAAACCCGGUGACCCUGCGGCCAUGGGCAUUAUGGAGGAGCAAGAAGCAGGCGCUUGACCCAGUGGGACUCCCAGCACGGGCCCUAGGCUGCACAGAUGAGCGGAAGUGGCCUGGAAAGAUGCCCUCUGUGCCUGUGACCUCCACAAGCGCACGGGGGCAGGGACACGUGGCUGUCAGCGCAGGGCAGGGGAUGGCGCCGGAGGGCGACCAGCGAAGCGGGCUGCAACCUUACCUGGACUCGCUGCGGCAGGAGCUGCAGGUGCCGAACGCGACCCUGCUCUCGGUGCUGCUGGCGCUGCUGGCCGUGGCCCUGACCCUUGUGGUUUGGAAACUUAUCCAGGGCAGGAAGAGCAGCCGGAGGACAGUGCUUCUGGUAGGCCUUUGUGACUCAGGAAAAACACUGCUGUUUGUCCGACUGUUAACAGGCACUUACCGAAACACCCAGACCUCCAUAACUGAUAGCUCUGCUGUUUACAGAGUCAGUAAUGACAAGGGCUCUAGUGUGACGCUGGUUGACCUCCCAGGCCAUGAGAGCUUGCGACUUCAGUUCUUGGAGAAGUUCAAAGCUACAGCUAGAGCAAUCGUGUUUGUCGUGGACAGCGUAGCGUUCCAGCGGGAGGUGAAGGAUGUGGCAGAGUUCCUGUACCAGGUCCUGACUGACUGCACCGUGCAGAAAAACGCUCUGCCACUGCUGAUAGCCUGCAACAAGCAAGAUAUCACGAUGGCAAAAUCGGCCAAGCUUGUUCAGCAGCAGCUGGAGAAAGAACUCAACACCUUACGAGUGACUCGCUCAGCUGCCCCCAGCACCUUGGAUGGCUCAACCUCCAGUGGGACGGCUCAGCUGGGGAAGAAGGGCAAGGAGUUUGACUUCUCACAGCUGCCCAUGAAGGUGGAGCUGGUGGAGUGCAGCGCCAGGGGCAGCAAGGCGGAGGAAGGCAGUGCUGACAUCGAGGACUUGGAGAAAUGGCUGGCCAAGAUUGCCUGAAAGCUGGGCUGGGCGGGAGGCAGAAACUAUCCAAGGGGAAACUAAUGAUAAAGGCAUUUGGCAUCUGAUACAGAAGUACUGAUGGGAAGGGGUGGGGCCCGGAAUGUAAUCUUUCUAUGGAAAGAACUUCAGGCAUGUGCCAGCAGUAAAUGCACUGUAACCUGCACUGAGCUGGGGUUUAAUCAACCUAUGAACGUAUUUGCCACUGUGAUUUCUGCCAACUGCAGCCCUUCCUGUUACUAUCCCAUGCUCCCCUUCUGGGAGGCUGCCUCUAGUGCUUGAGCUGCAGAGAGUUUAGUGUGGGGUUUCAGUUGGGGUAAGAAGCCUCUGGUUGUCCCAGGCGGCCUCCAAACAGAUGGGAGGGUUAUAUUUGGAUAGCGAAAUUAUUUCAAGAUUGGACUUUGCAGCCAUUCCUGCUUUACCUUGGCAUCUCAGCCCUGGUGCCCAUGGUAUUUACUAAUAACCCUACUCAUAGUGUCUGAUUUCUUCUCCCAUUCCUGUUCUCUGUGAAUCAGGCACAGUGACUUUGUGAUCUUUGUGCUGCCACAGCUAAAAUGUCCAAUUGCGCAUGCUACCGGGAAAUCCCUGCCUGCUAUGGAAUGUACUAAAGCUGCUUUCACAGGGGUUGGCCAGCCUCCCACUGCUCCCCCCUUCCCACCUCCCUUUCAAAAGGAACACACAGCCGGAUUGUCAGAUGUGCUCAGCACUCAUGUAAGCACUUAUAUGGAAGUGACCAGAUUGUCAGACAUGCAUAGUAGGGGCUGGAGAGUGC